GGUAACAAGUCGGAAUGCGGACGGGGCUGUACUGUAGAGAGCGAAGAGCAGCCAGACCGGCCGGUUGCAUGGAUCCCCUUCAGAAGCACCGCACGGAAUGAAAGCCCACAAACAUCCUGCGGGUUUCCUGACGUGACUGACCCGUACGGACAUCACAGGGACCACACGGACAGUUCUCGGACCACAUCCAACACUCCACCGGAGAGAAUAGCGUUUCGGAGAGCACCACCUGUCUUUAACACAACGACGCCUGGUGACGAGCGUUGGACAUGACAGGAGUCUGUGGGUGCUGUGGGGCUUUAAGACCCCGAUACAAAAGACUCGUGGACAACAUCUUUCCUGAGGACCCAGAGGACGGCCUGGUGAAGGCCAACAUGGAGAAGCUAACCUUUUACGCCCUGUCCGCCCCGGAGAAGCUGGACCGAAUCGGGGCCUACCUGUCAGAGAGGCUGUCCCGGGACGUGGCUCGCCACAGAUAUGGGUACGUGUGCAUCGCCAUGGAGGCCCUGGACCAGCUGCUGAUGGCCUGCCACUGUCAGAGCAUUAACCUGUUUGUGGAGAGCUUCCUGAAGAUGGUGCGCAAGCUUCUGGAGGCCGACAAGCCUGACCUGCAAAUCCUGGGAACCAACUCGUUUGUGAAGUUUGCCAACAUUGAGGAGGACACACCCUCCUACCAUCGCAGCUAUGACUUCUUCGUGUCGCGCUUCAGCGAGAUGUGUCACUCAAGCUAUGAAGACCCGGACGUCCGCACUAAGAUCCGCAUGGCGGGAAUCAAGGGCCUGCAGGGCGUGGUGCGCAAGACGGUGAACGACGAGCUGCAGGCCAACAUCUGGGACCCGCAGCACAUGGACAAGAUCGUCCCGUCCCUGCUCUUCAACCUGCAGCAGGGCGAAGGCACAGAGAGCCGCUCGCCCUCCCCGCUGCAGGCCUCGGAGAAGGAGAAGGAGAGCCCGGCGGAGCUGACAGAGCGCUGCUUCAGGGAGCUGCUGGGCCGCGCCGCUUACGGCAACAUCAAAAACGCAGUGAACCCCGUCCUCAUGCACCUUGACAACCACUCGCUGUGGGAGGGCAAAACCUUUGCCGUCCGCUGCUUCAAGAUCAUCAUGUAUUCUAUCCAGUCCCAGCACUCCCACCUGGUGAUCCAGCAGCUCCUGGGACACCUGGAUGCCAACAGCAAGAACUCGGCCACGGUGCGAGCUGGGAUAGUGGAGGUGCUGCUGGAGGCGGCCGCCAUAGCAGCCAGUGGCUCUGUCGGCCCCACAGUGCUGGAGGUGUUUAACACCCUGCUGCGGCAGCUGCGUCUCAGUGUGGACUACGAGCUGACGGGCUCAUACGACUCCUGCGGGAACAUCGGCUCCAAGAUCAUCAAGGAGCACGAGGAGCGGCAGCUCCAGGAGGCCGUCAUCAAAACCAUCGGCUCGUUUGCCAACACGCUGCCCACCUACCAGCGCUCCGAGGUCAUGCUCUUCAUCAUGGGCAAGAUCCCCGUGCCCGGGAUGCACCCUGGCCUGGCGUCGUCCAAAUCCGGGUUCGAGGGCAGUAGGAUGAUUCAAGUCAUGUUGCUGAAGUCACUGCUGCAGGUGACCACGGGCUUCCAGACCACCAACAUGCUGACGGCGCUGCCCAGCUCCUUCCUGGACCCGCUGCUGUCCUUCACUCUGAUGGAGGACGCGGAGAUCCGCCUCCUGGUUCUGGAGAUCCUGGUCAGCCUCAUCGACCGCCACGACAACCGUCCCAAGUUCUCCUCCAUCAGCAUCAUCUCUGACAUCUCCGUGCUGAAGCUGAAGGUGGACAAGUGCUCUCGGCAGGAUAAUCUCUUCAUGAAAAAGCAUUCCCAGCAGCUGUACCGGCACAUCUUCCUGGCCUGUAAGGAGGAGAACAGCGCUCAGCCGCACUUUGAGACACUCUACGCCCUGCUGGCCCUCAUCAGCAUGGAGUUAGCCAAUGAGGAGGUGGUGGUGGACCUCAUCCGCCUGGCUCUGGCCCUGCAGGACCUGGCUUUGACCAAUGAGGACACCCUCCCUGUGUACAACCGCUGUGCCGUCCACGCCCUGUCCGCUGCCUACCUGAACCUCAUCUGCCAGCUGACCACCGUGCCUAGCUUCUGCCAGCACGUCCACGAGGUGAUUGAGGUGCGACAGAAAGAGUUCCCUUUCCUGCUGCCGGAGGACGUCUUCAUCGAGAACCCCAGGAUCCCCAAAACCCUGGAGAAGCUGGAGGGAGAGGUGCUGUUCCUCCAGUCCAAAAUCACGGAGGUGCUGGGGGGUAGUGGCUACAACACGGACCGGCUGGCCACCCCGUACAUCCCGCAGCUCACAGAUGAAGAUCGCCUCUCGAAGAGGAAGAGCAUCGGUGAGACCAUCUCCCUGCAAGUGGAGGUGGAGUCCAGGAACAGCCCCGAGAAAGAGGAGAGAACUCCAGCAGAGGAGAUCACGUUUGAAACACUGAAAAAUGCCAUCGUGGACAGCAUUGGUAUGGAGGAGCAGGAGAGAGAGCGCAGGAGGCAGGUGGUCGAGAAGUUUCAGAAGGCCCCCUUCGAGGAAAUAGCUGCCCACUGCGGUGCCAGGGCCACGUUACUGCAGAGCAAACUCAACCAGAUCUUUGAAAUCACAAUCAGGCCUCCCCCUAGCCCCUCGGGCACCAUCACGGCGGGGUACGGCCAAACCCAGAGCCGCUCAGUACCUGUCUACGAGAUGAAGUUCCCCGACCUCUGUGUGUACUAGUGUCGGGGUGAGAAGGAGGACCAGCGCCCUCCCUGAACCCAGCCGGGCCGGCGCAGGAGGUGGAGAGGGGACGUAGAAGCUGAAAACAGAGCCUCCCUCUCCUUCUCCUGCUCCUUCUCUCACCUCCUUCGGGCCAGGCUAGCCUGAUGCUCGGUCUCCCACCUGCACUGUGAAAAAUCAGCGGCUCCACCCCUGACCCCACGAUCCUCUCCCUCACCGCCUCGCCCUAAAGGGUGAAGUCCCAUCACCGAAGCACCAUGCCCCCCCUGCAGAUCCCACUACUGCCACCAUUGCCACCAAAAAGCCGCGUGGGGAUGCGGCCCUGACAUCUGAAACACUGUGUCUGCCCCGAAACCGUUGAGAGACGGAAGAGAGGCAGAGAGAGAGGGGAAUCCGGGCUGCGUUACGGAAAAAGAUCGUAGCGCUCUCUGGACCGGCGCGUCCUGUUCUUGAACAGGAAUGGGGACAUGGGCUGGACCUCCCCUUCAUCUCCACUGUGUCAUUCAGCCAUGCCGCCAAAAUCAUAGUGCUCAAGCUCACUUACUGUUGUCACACUGAAUACUGUUCUGGAUGGUAAGGCAUUGGAACGGGGUAUAGGCCAUGAAGUAGGCCGUCGACAUGUUAAUGUUGCAGGGGUGGUGUCCUCACAGCCUCGAGUGGCCCUGUGGGAACAUUUCCCCUGCUGUCCAAAAGCUAAACAUUGUCAUGGUAUCCAGUCAUAACUAGCGAUGCCUUUUUGUAGAUAAAAUAAGAAAGAAAAAAAAAAAACGGCCAAACAAAAACAUCGAAGCAGUUAGUUUUGUGGUUAAGAUUAAGCCAUCGAGUACACUGGGCUUUUAGAAGCUGUAUGUUAAAAUAUGAUUAUUUUUAAUUGUGUAUUGAUGUGUGCUCUCGGUAGAAACCCUAUACAAGACUUUACAGUCCCUCUAAAAGAGGAGGCAACAGAGAAUUGCCCACAUAUGUUCAGAAAUGUAUAAUAAGUAAAAUUCAAUGGACGUCAAUAUAUUGUAAAUUUGCAUAUACAUUUUUCUCUUAUCAUUUAGCGAUUUACUUGAAAGAUAUGUCUAAGUUCAGCAGCCACUGCUGCUAAACUUGUAUCUUAGAUUUAGAGGAGAAGACAGCAAACAUGGCUCUACCUUUUUGAAUGUUAUGCAAGCUCCAAAUUCAUUAGCUUAGUUUUGAAGAUGUGUGGCAGAGAGCUAAUGCUUUAAAGCCGGUGAAGCACUUUCCUUGUUUUGACGAGAGAAGACCAUUUAGGCUCUAGUUUUGCUGUUUGAUAGCAGGAAGUGCAUUGGUGCUAGAUCAGAGGUAUUUUUUUAACUCAUUUGUUUUGCUUUUUAGUUUUAAGAAGAGUGCCAGAUAUUUAAGGUCACAAUUUUUUUUUUUUCUUUGAAAAAAUGAGAGUGCCUUACGGGGACUCGGCUUAAUUAAUCAAGGAUUGAAGAAAGGUCUUGGUACUUUUCAGAAAAAUACAAGACGCCAGAAGGGACUUUUUAAGAGUUUAAAGUGAUGAGCAUUUUAAGCCAUGCACGUCUGUUGAAACUCUGGUGUAACUGUGCUAUUGGACUGGAUCUUAAGAUUGUUUAACCAUACAAGAUUUCCUGUUUUAGUAUUUAAGAUAGUUAACACUACUCAUGUAGUCAUAAAUAGGCAUAGGUGCAUAUAUCUUUAAAUAUAUGUAAAUUAGAGAUUUUUUGUCUACUAACAAACAGAAGUCUGCAUUGCACUGAUUAACAAAAGUAGGAUCUGCUUUUUAAAUGUAAAACCGCAAAAGCCAACUGCGUGAAACCAGUCAGCAUGACUCCUAGGUAAGAAAAUGGAACGAAAAUGCACUGCCGAAGUAUGGGAGAGGAUAUGCAGCAUAUAUCCAUCACUUAUAUAUAGUUAUACAUAUAUACAGUUAUUGAAAGCCAGUAGGGUCAUAUAAAUGAUGUAAAGUAAUGAUCCGGUCUGCAAACCAAAGUCGGAUGGAGUCCAACCUUAGAUCCUGCAUUUGGUAGCCAUCAAAGGAGCAUUGCAUAGACCCGUUUGGCAAUGAGAUUACUGCCGUUCUUCUAGCUGUAGUCAUGAAGUGUUAUGUCCUCUGCUAGUGCCAUCACACCUCAUGCCUUUCUGUACAGCACAUCACAGACAACAUCUCUUUCCCUUUUCCGAGAGUAGACAUGAUAGCCCCCUGUACAGCACGGCCACCAGACAUAUCCCAACAUUAGCGCCAUCCCUUCCAGUGUCCCUGGGGAUGGGGACCGCUGAAGUUUACAGCAUUCUCUGACAAUAUAAAGAAGUACUACGGCAAUAAAACCCCCUGUUGUAGGAUGUCCGUCCUGUGUCCGGCUGUCCUUCCGUUCAUGCCUUCGGUCCCUGGACCGUGCAUUUACACCAGGUGUGACGCUCUAAAUGUUUUUCAUCCAUCGAAAUGGCUAACUGGGAAAAGGUCAGCUGCUAGUUGUUGCUGUGAUAACUCGGCAGCCUCUCAAUAAUUGAGUCGCUUAGCACUGAGUUAUGUUAGCUGUAGAGGUGCGUAUGUUUGUAUAGCCGUGCGCAUUUUCACAUGUACCCAUUUCAUCUGUUAUGUUGGUGUCCACUGGCUUGCGUUUUUGUAUGUAAAGGCAGUGGAACCAGCCCUUACCGCAAGACCAAACGGAACCCGGCAUGCAAACACGCCCAAGGCCUCUUUGCUCCUUGUCUGAAAGACAUACAAGAACCGUGCAGCAAUUCUAGACUUCAACCUAGUACAGAUAGUAAUGCUCUUAGUUUAGCAUAGCGCAGGAUACGAUUUCACACUUACUGUUAUUUCACAGUAAGAGCAGCCCCAUGAAUCUCACAUUGUCUUUAAUUAUGCUGCAGGACAGUUGUUUACAUUGCACUACAGUGAAGCUAAGAGUGGUGAGCCACAAGACAGCGCAGUUGCACUUUAAACACUCAAUUCUGGCAACUGGGACAUUGAAGAUGAAGAGCCAAGACAGCUUUUACAAUUAAUGCCUUACAAAUACAACCUUACUUGUAAGUGUACAUUAAAUCUCUUGAAUACAUGCAUGUGAAUGUUUCAUGUUAUUCUGAAUUUGGGUUUGUAAAUGGAAAUGAAAGAAUCUGAGACUAGUGGAAUGAGGCUCUCCUCUCUUGGCUAGGUCACUUUUAAAUGGUCAGUUUUGAUUGUACAUGUAUAUGAUUGUAUAUAUGUAUUCUGUUCAAUGCGGCUGCUAUACACAGCUGCAUUGAACAGAAAUAGUAACUAAACAUACACUCCAGAGUGUGCCAAUCUUAUCAAGACAACGCAGAUAUAUAUGCUGUUUUCUAAAGAAUAUUUUGAGAAUAAAUUUGCAUGCAGACCUACUAAUGUUUGCCAUUUAAAUGCCAAGAUGUUAUCAGAAAUCCUUUAGAAUGAACAGGAAGACAAUGUGAGAUUUAGAUGACUGACUGAGAGCUACUGAACGUCAUGUAAGUCUUUGGGGAAAUGAAACAUCCUGCAAAACAGGCGAUGUGAUCUGACACUCUCAUGAAAAAAGUAUUAAUUCACGUUAUUACAUUUAAUUCAAUUCAUUAAGUGCUGAAAGUUGAGUGACACAAAUACAGGGAAAUGUAGACAAAGACACAUCAAACUGUACAUUCCUAAGACAAUAAAUACAGUUUUUUUGAACAGCUGGCUCUUAUAUGUGCUGCAUCUUUUCCCCAGUUGUUAACCAUUUUAAGUACUGUGUGUUCCAUCUAUUUACAUAAUUACAUGUAAUUGACCUUGCUUGUUCAUUAUGACUGUUCGCUGUUCUAUCCUGUCAUCCGUUAUACAGUAUGUGCUUUUAGCUGCUAUGUUGUUUACAAUUAAAUGAACUAUUGUUGUGUCCCAAAAUGUGCUUUAUGUCUGUGUGUACCAUUUAAAACUUUGGGGAGAGUGUUAACUUUGUCAAGAAUUUCCAGUUGAAAUAUCGUCUCCUCUGCGGUCUCAGUGUCGUUUUGUUGUUUGUGUCUCACCCAGUGUGAACUUUUGUCUUUUGUCUUAAGCCUGAAUAUAUUAGACAGUAUAGGCCUCAAAAGCACAUAGUGUUGUAUCUCUCCAACACACAGCAUUGUGCUGUUCCUACAGUCCUGUUGCUUUGGCCCAAAACAUUCUGAGUUGCAGUUGCCUGCUGCAGGUCAUACUAAUAGCAGGACAGUUUGUACAACACCUGAAAGACACUUGACAGUUAAAUUUAAAAGAAAAAGACCUAAUCCAUUUGAAAGAAGGGGACAGAGGGAAUCUGAAAGCCAUUCCUAAGCAAGGAAUUAUGGGAUACAGAGCAGGUAUCUCUUCAGCGGCAGCUCAUUAUAGUGAAGGUUGCUGCUGGGAAGAGAUUGCUCAGCUGUAAUUAUCGUAACAGCAUCGUACAGUCAGAGUGUGCGUGUCUUCUGGCUCCUGGCAGAGAUACAUCCCAGAAUAAUGGUCUAAAGAUUCAAUGAGAUUGGCGACUUGAAAUGAUAUAUAUCUUACUGAGCAGCACCAUUAAGAUUAUUUGACUGAGAGACGCAGGACAUUUUUAAUCAUCUGUACUGCUGCAAUUGAGAGGCAAAGCCCAUUUUCUGUUGCUUGUUCAGCGCGUCAGUCACAGUCCAGUAGAAAAUAAACUAUCUGAGGCCCUGGGGAUCUUGUAAACUGUACUUCUGUAUGAUCUUUGCACUGUAGAAUAUAGUUGAAGAAAAAACAUAUUUCAGGUAGUACUAUAUAAAAAAAAAA